CACGAAAGAGUCGAAAAAAGACCGCGAACUCGAACCGCAGCUUCCUUCGUUUCUCGAGCUCGACCGAUACUCCUCCCGCUGCUCGAAGUUCCGCACCUUUGAGAGGUCCGAGCCUCUCGCUUCCCUAUAGCCUGCCGAUGGAAUUCGGAGCUCCUUGCUCUAGGGCUUUCAAUGGUGGGAGGCCUUGCGGGCGCGGAGCUGGGGGGGCGCAAAUUCGGAGGGAGAUCGUCGAAUCGCGGUUUCCCUUCGGCGCCUCGUUCCGGGUCUCGCCAACCUCGGCCUCGCGGAGGAAUUGCGCCGUCAAAGCUGUACUGAAGGACCGUACUGUUUCGUUGGACAAGGUAGGCAAGAUGUCUAGCCAGCAGAGUUCACGCGAUUUCGAGCUUUCGAGUUUGACAGCCUUGUCACCUUUGGACGGUCGUUACUGGAGUAAAGUGAAGGACCUUGCUCCUUACAUGAGUGAAUAUGGCCUUAUCUAUUUUCGUGUUCUUGUUGAGAUUAAAUGGUUGCUGAAGCUCUCCCAAAUCCCUGAAAUAACAGAGGUUCCAAGCUUCAGUGAAGAAGCUGAGUCUUUUUUGCAAGGGCUAAUCGAUGGUUUUAACUUGGAUGAUGCAUUGGAAAUCAAAAACAUAGAGAGAGUGACAAACCAUGAUGUUAAAGCGGUGGAAUAUUUCUUGAAACAGAAGUGUCAAUCACAUCCAGAGAUAGCGCAGGUGAUUGAGUUUUUCCAUUUUGCUUGCACAUCUGAGGACAUCAAUAAUCUCGCUCAUGCAUUGAUGCUGAAAGAAUCGAUGAAGAACGUCAUGUUUCCGGUCAUGGACAAAUUGAUCAGGGCUUUGUGCGCCGUGGCUAAGGAUAAUGCUCACAUUCCUAUGCUUUCUCGUACACAUGGUCAGCCAGCUUCACCAACAACAUUGGGGAAGGAAUUGGCAGUUUUUGCUGUCAGGUUGAGUAGAGAAAGGAAGGAAAUACAUCAGGUCGAGAUUAUGGGGAAGUUUGCUGGUGCAGUGGGAAACUAUAAUGCUCAUCUAGCAGCAUAUCCUCAUAUUAACUGGCCCCAUAUAGCUGAAGAAUUUGUGAAGUCUCUUGGAUUGAGUUUUAAUCCAUAUGUUACCCAGAUUGAAACUCAUGAUUACAUGGCAAAACUUUUUCAUACACUUAUCCAGUUCAAUAAUAUACUGAUUGAUUUUGAUAGAGAUAUCUGGGGCUACAUUUCAUUAGGCUAUUUCAAGCAGAUAACAAAGGCUGGUGAGAUUGGGUCUUCAACCAUGCCCCAUAAAGUAAAUCCCAUUGAUUUUGAAAAUAGCGAAGGCAAUCUUGGUAAAGCCAAUGGAGGUCUAUCUCAUUUAAGCACAAAGCUGCCAAUAUCACGCUGGCAGCGCGACUUAACUGACUCGACUGUACUGAGGAACAUGGGUGAAGGAUUGGGUCAUUCUCUUCUUGCCUAUAAAAGUGCACUGCAGGGCAUAGGGAAACUUCAGGUUAACGAGGCACGCUUGAGCGAGGACUUGAAUCAUUCAUGGGAGGUUCUUGCUGAACCAAUACAAACUGUCAUGAGACGAUUCGGGGUCCCAGAGCCUUACGAGAAAUUAAAGGAAUUGACCAGGGGAAGAACAGUUUCACAAGAAAGUAUCACAGAAUUCAUUGAAGGUCUAGAAAUACCCGAGGAAGCAAAAAUCAAUCUCUUGAAGUUGACUCCACAUACCUACAUUGGCGCUGCCGCUGAGUUGGCCAUGAAUGUAGACAUAGCUGUAAAUCUACUGAACGGUCUGGAAAUUUUUUAAAGAGGGACACUCGAGAUGUUGGCAUAAUAUGCAUUAUAACAGCAUUAACCAUGCCUUGAGAUGUCCUAUGUUUAUUGGUCGGCAACUUUUUCAACUCGACCUGCAUGAGGUACCUCGUCACUGGGCGAAAAUUUUGUUUCCUGCAUUUUAGAAUGCAGGGUUGUAUUCGGUGCUAGGAUAUGUCAUGUAUUGCAUCAAAUGAAAUUUUGAGGGUGAUGCAGUCGAGGCGUGUUCGACUCGGA